AUACAUGUUUGUUAAAGAGACACUGAUAAUAUUUACCCAUCGGCUGCGUUACAUCGUAGAAAAACCACACUAUUAUAUCUUACCUAUAUAUUAUAUUUUAUCUCGCGUUCGGUCGAUACCUACUUGAAGUUUGAACCUAGAAAAUAUUAAAAACUCGUUUUUUGUAUUUAUAUURAAAUGGACCAGUGGAAAGGUAGAAACGCGGUCGUCACAGGUGCCGGAUCGGGCAUUGGAGCGGCCACGACAGUAGAGCUGAUCCGACACGGCCUAAACGUAGUCGGGUUGGACGUACAGUCGACAAAGCUUGAGAAAUUAGCAAAUUCAUUAGAAGAUGUCAUGACAAUUCCGGAUGGUAGCCAGCGAGGAAUUUUCUAUCCUAAGACCUGCGACAUCACCGACGAACGAGCAGUAAAGGAUGUAUUUGGAUGGGUGGAUACUGCGCUCAAUGGCGUCAGCGUGUUGGUCAACAACGCUGGCAUCAUAAUGCGAAGCAGUCUGUUGGACGGUACGUUGAAAGAUUGGAAUUUUUUAAUGAGCAUMAAUGUAUUGGCGCAAUGCGUAUGUUCGAGAGAAGCAUUCCGAUCGAUGUCUACUAACAACAUUAACGGGCACAUUGUUCAGAUUAACAGUAUUGUUGGUCAUUCCAUUACACCGUAUUACGCACACAAAAUGUACAACGCUUCUAAAACUGCCAUCACUGUUUUAUGUGAAGGUCUUCGGCACGAACUUAGUCUUGUAAAUUCAAAAAUUAAAGUAUCGAGUAUCAGUCCGGGUAGCGUGGAUACGGAAAUGUUCAUCACUGCUAAAUUCAGACCAUCUUCUCAGGUUGUUAGUUCAAGACCAGCUUUGAAACCGGAAGAUGUAGCAGCCAUGGUGAUCACUACAUUGGAGACGCAUCCCAGUGUGGAAAUAGCAGAACUAACAGUUAUUCCUACYGGAUCAACCAUACAAUCUCACGGAAUGCCUAGUCCAGUCAAUUUAUCUGAUAAAUAAAAAUAAUUUUAGGACCUAUAGUUGACAUAGUCUUAGUAUUAGAUGAUACCAUUCAAAAUAAACUUACGUUUUAUUUUUUA